AUGAAGCUCAAUCCCCAUGUGACUUCUGACCCGAGCAAGAACCGGACACGGCACAUCAAGGCACCUUCCCACAUUAGCAGGAAGAUCACGUCUUCCCCUCCUUCCAAAGAGCUGAGACAGAACUACAGCACCGGAUUCAUGCCCAUCUGAAAAGGGGUUGUGUGAGGACACUACAAAGCUCAGCAAACCAGCAAAGUCAUCCAGGUUGACACAGAGGAAUAUGCCAUCUAUACGGAGGAAUACGCCAUCUACACGGGGGGAGUGCAGUGAGAGAAGGCAGAUGGCACAACCGUCCACGCGGGCAUUCAGCCUCGCAAGGUGGUCAUCACUAGACUGAAAAAGGACAAAGACCGCAGAAAGAUCCUUGAACAUAAAGCCAAAUCUCGCCAAGUAGGAAAGGAAAGAGGAUAAAUAGAAGGAAGAAAGAUUGAGGAGAUGCAGGAAUAA